AUGUCGGACCCACCUCGCCGACGCGCAGUAAACACAUGCACCCGCUGCGUGCGCCUCAAGCUCAAGUGCGACCACGCACGCCCGUGCGGCGCGUGUGCGCGCUCACACGGCGUCCAGUGUGUGUACGGCACCCCCGCCGCGAGCGAGCCGACAGACGACGACGCGGCGCCGAGGCCCCGCAAGCGCCAUCGCGCCGUGCUGGUGUGCACGCGCUGCAAGCGGCUGCGGGUCAAGUGCGACCAGGCCAAGCCAUGUGGUGCGUGUGCGGCGGCCAAGCGGGGCCACGGGUGCGUGUAUGUGCCGUGGCCGGACGAGGAGGGCGCACCUGGUACUAUGCCGCCGCCGACGAGGGCAGCGCCGACGACAACGACUACAGUGCCCGGCGGGACGAGGACACACUCGGCGCCGGCGACUGCGCCGGCCACGCCCCACCGCGGUCUGGAGCACGACCAUACGGCACUGCACGCCCACGCGCGCGCGAUCGGGCUCGAGGACGACACGCCGAGCAACUACCACAGCAUGCGCGCGCGCAUCGCCGAGCUCGAGGCGCGGCUCGACGGGCUGGCCUCAACCGUCGCGACGACGCCGGCAGCAACCCCCGCGCCUGACCUCCUGUCGUCCUUCUCGCCCUUUGCGACGGGCGAGCUCGCCGCGCUGGCGAGCCGCUUCCCGCCGCCCGAGGAGGCGAGGCGGCUGCUGCGCGACUUUCUCAACUUUGACCUCAUGUUCCGCUUCGUGCAUGUCGCGAGCUUCCAGCGGCGGUGUGAGGCUGCGCUAGCUGCGACGUCUUGGGAGGACGCCGACGCGCCGUUCAUGGCAAUGUUUGCCGGUGCGCUGCUGGUCGCGGCGGCCAGCACGACGGUGCGCGCGGCGAGCGGGAGCAUUGCCGCGCGCACGGCGGCAGAGGGCCGCGAGGCCCGCCUCCGCGCACUCAUGGACGCGCUCAUGGUGUUCUGCGAGGACCGGGGCGAGCUCGGUCUCGACUACGUCCACGCGCGCCUCAUCGCCGUGCUGACACACAUGGCGGGCGAGACGUCUUCCCCGGCCAAGAUGUGGCUCGCGCUCGGCAAGGCGAGCUCGGCUGCACUCCUGGCCGGCCUGCACCGCGAUCGCGCGGGCGAGGCCAUGUUCGACAGGGAGAUGCGGCGGCGUGUAUGGUGGCAGAUUGUGUUUCUGUCCAUCCUCACUGCCGAGCGCAUGAACAUUGGCUUCAGGCCCGUGUUCCCCCCCGUCCCCCGACCGGCCAUCGUGGCUGACGGCGUGCUCGACACCCUCUCGGCAGGCGACGCGACGACCUCGUGGACCGGCAUCCCCGAGUGGGGGUACAUCGACGCCAAGCUGUUUUGGAUCGACUGGUUCACCCAGCGCGAUGAGCUGAUGGCAGACGAGAGCGUGCCUAUACUCACGCGACUGGGCAACGCCGCCGCACUGAUUGACAAGCUCGGCGCCGCGAUGCCGGGAUACCUCACGAUCGACAACCACCCUUACCACUCACCGCCAUGGGUGCACCUCCAGGCUGUGAUUAUGACAAUCGCGCUCGACGAGGCGCAUGUACAUCUUUACCGGCCGUACUUUGGCGCUGCGGACCCCGAGCUGGCGGCCACGGCGCUGUCGAAAGCCGUCGACGCCGCGCACCGGCUGGUUCAAGACAUCCGCAUGAUGACGACGUACAUGCUCUUCUCGUGGAUCGACGCGCCGACCACUGCGCUGUGGACAUACGGCAUGAAGAGCUUCACAGGCGGCAUGGUCAUGGCGUAUGCGCUCCUCUCUGGCCCGGACGACCCCCAGCGCGACCGGAACCAGGCCGACCUCGACCUCGUCAUCGGCGUGCUCAAGUCCAACCUCAACAUGGCCGGCAGCUCGCGCAGCAACGCGCAGGCGCUGCGCACGCUCGAGGGCAUGCGUGGCACCAUCCUGGCGCGCAGCGGUGUCGACACAGGCGACAGCAGCGCCGCCGUCGGCGACCCGGGCGAUGUGGUCGAUCCGUACACUGGUCGCACGGUGCCCCUGCCACGGGCGGUCGAGGACAUUGACGUUCCAGGCGAAUGGAUCGAGUGGGACGUGCUCUUCCGUGAGCUGUUCCAGGGCGCGUUGCCGCUACCAACAACGUAGAUAUAGGACGAUCCAUGCAUCGUCAGUGUGCAUGUGACAAC